UAUUGUGCAGAAUUCUACCGUGUUUGCAAAUUUCACCGCAGUACUAAGCCAAUAUAAAGUUAUGUAUCAUGAUUACAUCUGUUUUUUAGUCCUAUUUAAUUACGCAUUUCGGAUUUUGCUCCCUGAAUAAUGCAAUAUUGGAAUUCAGCAAUGCGAUUAUGACAUGGGCAGCGUGGAGAAUAAAAGUAUCGUUUACAUGCGGUUCUAAAAAUGUGACUAGACGCAUGAAUACCGUCGAGACGCAUUGGUGGCGCUCCUUCUAAAUAUGGAACGGGUGUUAGUCAACGUUUGUGCUGUCCUCUGCGUCGUGUCAGUGGCAGUCCCUACGAUUAUGUAAGAACCCUUGAGGGUGCGCGUCGGCACGUGCAUACGAGGCUGCACGCGGCGGUUCCACGUCGGAAGCACAACGUAGGACGCACGAGCACGACGCAAUCGCGCACGCGGUCGCCGCGCUGGCCGGACACCAGUUUCCUAGCAACACGUUGUUGAUGCCACUGCUGACCCAAUGAAUACAAUAACACAUGAUGGCGCCAAUGCGCGGCGAGCGAGGCGGGUCCCCAGCGCGAGGCGCGCGCGCCUCUCUUCCACUGCCGCGCCGCCUGAUCCGGCAGAUCGCGCGGCACGUCGCUUCCAGCGGCCGCUCGCUACGACGCCUGGAGGUGUCUGGCAGGGUCAUUGACAACUUUGACGACAUUGAGGACGCGUCAGACGACUCCGAUAUGGAACAAUCACAGCCAGCGGUUGCUUGCGGAGGCAACGCCGGCAACCUGCCGCCGGCCGACCACGACGACGAGCUCACCAGUUUGAGCUGGCUCCAAGACAGAAACUUACUUAGAGGUAUAAACUUAACAAAAAAUGGCGUGGAUAUGGAGGACACAAAAAUGAUAGACAACCAAAUCAUUGUGAAGAGAGAAACCAAAACUCCCCCGCCAGUAGCGCGAGUACCGUCCCCUCCGCGCACACCAUGCAAGGCGCCCCCCUCCCCGCCGGUGAACACGCACACCAAGCCGCCGUACUCGUUCUCCUGCCUGAUCUUCAUGGCCAUCGAAGCCGCACCCGCUAGAGCUCUUCCCGUCAAAGAGAUUUAUGCGUGGAUCGUGCGGCACUUUCCGUACUUCCGACACGCGCCCCAGGGCUGGAAAAACAGUGUGCGGCAUAAUCUCUCGCUAAAUAAGUGCUUCCACAAGGUUGCGGCUGCACCGGGUCUUGGUAAAGGCUCACUUUGGACAGUAGACCCGCAGCAUCGUGCUUCAUUACUACAGAAGUCGUCUCCGCAGGCAUUCGGGCGGCAGCCCAUCCCCGCGGCGGGGGAGGUGGAGAUGAGCUCGGGCGGCGAGGCGGCCGAGCCCGAGCGAGCCUCGCCCGAGCGCGGCGAGCGGCCCGAGCGAGGCGAGCGGCCCGCGCGCGCGGCCCUGCUGGCGCGGCGGCUGGCCGAGCCCGAGCCCGGCGCCGACGAGUACCUGGCCGCCGCCACCGUGCUCGCCAUGAAGUACGGGCCCGCCGUGCUCGACCAGUUGCCGCCGGCGGCGCACCUGGUGAUCUCCCGCUGCGCGCGCGACGAGCACUCGUACAGCGGCGGCGAGGAGCGGCGCACGGCCGAGGCGCUGCUGAACCUGGCCGGCGUGCAGCCCGCGCCGCCGGCCCCGCCCGCCCCGCACGCGCCGCCCGCCACGCACGCGCAGCCGGCGCACAGCUAGCCGCGCCCGCGCGCCCGCCGAUAACUCCACGCUUCCAGACUUCGCCGGUAUGGACUUGUAUACUCGUAAGACAUGAUGUGUGUACAGUAACUCUCGUAUCGACGUCGUCGUCUCAGUCUGUACCCAUUACCGUCGCAUUUUAAUUUAUCUUCGGUGUGUGAUACGGACUACAUCAGCGAUGUUACCCCUUCCAACUUAAGGCGUGUUAUCUUAUAUUUAAAUACCUGGUAGAUCAAUUUAUUUUGCGACAAAGACCAGUGCUUGAAAUUAUCAAGAGUUUUCAGAAAUAUUGACGUACUUGCGUUAUGUUAUGCGGUUCUAAAAUACUCUUCCCACAAGAGCACUUCUAUAAAAUAUCCUUCUAAAGUUAUGUAUAAAUUUUUGAAUCUGUGGAAUUUAAUUUUCAAGGAAAAUAAAAUGAAUGGGGCAUAGCCUCUAUAAAUUCAGUGAUUCUAUAUUGACAUAUGAGUUCGUAGAACGACAAAUAUUAUAAAUAAUACAUAUUUGAGAUAUUCUUAUAUGUCUGUUGUCGCAAUUUAUUAAAUAGGCAAGAAAGUUUACCAUUCUCUAGUCCAAUAAAGACAAUCCAUAUAAACAAAUCUCAGUGAGAUACAGAUGUCUUUACUAUAUACAAAUUAUAUUCAAUAUGAAAUAGUUAUUGUGCUUAGGUAAAAGGCUCAUGCUGUCUAGUUAGGACCUGACUAUUUUCUCAUUCAAUGUUUACCGAGUGUACAACAUCACAUUUAUCAUGACGACAUCGACAGGUGUUCGCAAUCCAUGUUGUUAAAAUAAUUACACUUUACAUAAUAGUAGUUACUUAUAGUGAUAGAUGUGAUACUACUGAUACUAUUUAGUAUGAAAUAUUAUUUAAAAAGGAUUGAAAAUAGUUGAAUAGUUACGCCCUUAUGCAUUUAGGUUUUCCCCCAUUUACUAUAGUCAAUCAAUCGUAAUAUAUUAUAAGAAAUAAUUAUUCUUAAAAUAAUUUUAAAAGUGUUGCCGUGUUUCCGUCGAUCAAUAUUGAUUUUAUGCCGAAUGUUGCCAGAAUAAUAUAUGUUUAUUACAUUAAAUAGAGUUGCUAUUGUGCAUAAUUAAAGACGGAAGUGUGGUGCAUUAUAGGUAUUAAGUUAUAAUUAUUCUUUAUUAGUUAAUUACUUUGUUUCGUCUACAUCUAUAAAGAUACUUUAAGGUACAUUUCUCCGGUAAGUUUAAUGUUGAAAAUUGUUGAUUCUAAACUGAGCAAUAUUAAAUGUAUAAAUCUUUAUAAUAUACCUUGUGAUCUGAACAUACAAAUAUGUAUACAGGGCGAUCAAAAUGUAUUUUUAUCUAUAAAAAAUUAUGUUACUCUCAGAAGUGAUAGUACAUGUAUAUACUUACAUUAUAGCAUAUAGUUGCAUUAGCCAUAAGCAAGCCGUAUUUUGUGUUCAUAAACCAAGGGAUCUAUUUCAUACAAUCGCCUCCAGUGUUUACAGAAAACUUAUAUAUCAUAUUGAUAAGGAAAUAUAACAACGUGUCUGUUCGUGAUUAGAUGAAAUAUGUACUCAAACAAUUUUACCAUUGUAUUCACUAGCCAGUAGCCAGUUCCCGUUGUCUCGCAGUUAAGAUUUAGUAAUUAAUGGCAAUCGCCUCAGAAUUAUAGGGAAGUUAAUAAUUGUAACAUUAAUUUUCAAUAUAUAACGUAGCUGCUUCCUCUAUAGCCUAUAACUACCGUACAUAAAUGUCUGUAAGUUAAAUAAAUUUAAAAGUCCUUAUACUAUUUAUUAGAGCUCUAUUUUCAGUACUAUGAAACAAUGACACGAAAAAUUACGCAUGACGUAUGAAAGUUGCUAUUGUAAGCAGCCAAAAAAAAUCAAUACCUCUUAUAUUGGUGUGGUUAAUACGCUAAUAAAUUAUUUACUAGUAUUUUCACACUUAGUAAUGUAUUAUAUACGUGGUAUGAGGCCGUUUUCUCUCAAGUGCCUACUAAAAUGCUUCUAUUCUAUCGUUAGAUAAUUGUAACUGGAGUACGGAGUGUUGUUAGAGGGAUGAGCGCCGGAAUAAAUAUAAUUUGUAAUAGUUAAUGUAAUAUUCAUAAAAUGGGACGUAUUCAUGGAUGUUAACAUACUACUUACAUUUAAUAACACCAAAUAACUAGUGAUAAGUAGGCUGUGACAUACUUAGAAUAUAAUACAUGUCGAUAGAUAAGUCCCUUUAAAUGUCUAGUUCAUACUUAAGAUCCCCACAAUGUGAAACGUCAGUAAAAUCAUAUUUAUCCGGUGCUCUCGGCGACGCCUUGAAAGAAUACACCAAAUAGUGUUUAUUGUGAUAAAACUUCAGUUUAGGCUAAAAUUUGUUUAAAUGUCUCGUAAUAUUAGUUUGGGGUUUUGGUAUAUAAAUAAUAUCCAAUGGUCUCCUUCACCACAGUUUACAAAAAAUGUAUUGAAUGUGAGCAUGUAAAGACACGCAUACGUAAACUUUGGUGUGGGAAUGUCUUGAUAUACAUCUAGUGUAAGCAAUUAUAAUUUUAUUUGAAUUGCUUGAUUAGUACAAUUUCAUUGGAGUUUCGCGGACGUAUUUACGCGUAGGAGUACUAGACUGAUGUAAUGACUGAUUUGUGAUGAAGCAAUAUUAUUUAUUAGUGAAAUUGAUAUAUUUUUCGUUCACACAAACCUGCGGCUUGUUUUUCGCAUGCCGACUGCCGUAACGUGACGGGAUGUGACGUUACAAUGUUUUAGAAUAUGCCAAAUGAAUAUUAUAACUACAAAAAGUUUUAGAAUUUGCUAAUGCAUUUUAGUUGUUUUUUUAUUAAAUAAUCUAAAGUUUGAAAAGAAAACAUGUCUGCAGGAAAUAAAAUGUAUAUUUUGCCUAAACGCAGCGCAAGCUUAAUUGCAAUAUAAAUUUGACCUCAAUGGAUAAAAUCAAAUGCUUCAAAAUCAGUAGCGUAGUGAUUCAUUUUUUUUUUU